GGAGAGAAAAAAAAACGUCCGUUGAAAAGAGAGAGGUGGGGGGGAAAAGCACGUCAAGCUCUCUAGUUAGACGGCUCGGUCGAUCAGUGCUUGUGCUGGUACAUUUCAUUUAGCUCAACCGGAGAAGAACAUCGUUUUAGACCGGCAGAAAAAGCGAAUGAGAUUGCAACCUUCUCGUGCACUGUGAGCGGACCGGACAGCAGAUCUAUCAUCCCCUUUCUCUUCAGCAGGCUGAUAAGGAGACCCAGAUGGACAACAGGAACACGUCUGAUGACAAGCCCGUUCAGCGUUCUAAGUCUUUCAGUUUCAAGACACAGAAGGAGACCUGUGCAUCAUGUGAGAAGACUGUGUAUCCGAUGGAGAGAUUGGUGGCUAACAACCUCAUCUUCCACGCCACAUGCUUCUGCUGCAAGCACUGCAACACCAAACUCAGUCUGGGGUCCUAUGCAGCGCUGCAGGGGGAGUUUUACUGCAAACCACACUUCCAGCAGCUCUUCAAGAGUAAAGGGAACUACGACGAGGGCUUCGGACGCAAGCAGCAUAAGGAGCUCUGGGCCUCCAAGGAUGCAGAGAGCAUCACCAAGACGGCAUAAAUCCUCAGUGAUUUCCAAAACCUACCUUUCUCCUCCACUGGCCAAUGAUAAUGACCCUUUAUAUACUCUGCCCACAUCCUUGACACACAAUACACACAUGCAUCCACACUUAGACACUCCUGAACCAGGCUUUUCAUGAUAUAUCAGCACAAUCACAGAUAGACCACCAUGUGUUGGUUUUCUUUGUCCCCCAAUUUUAAUCUCUAAUUUUUAUUUAGCUUUAGCAAAUAUCAUUUUGUGUUAAUCUUUUUUUUUUUUUUUUCUUUUUUUUUUUUUUUUUUUGUCUAGUGUUGUGGAGUUAACAGUUAGUUGAUUGUGACCAAAAUGUUUGUAUCCCUUUAGGUGGGAUGAUUCACUUAUUAGCAUCAUUACGAUCCUGUUUGGCAGUACUAUUAUGGUUGAUUUCUGUCAUAAGAGUGGUUUCAAGAUGGUUUCGAUUAUACACUCAGGUAAUGAUUCUGGGGUGUUGCAUCAAAAUUAUUCAGCAAUCUUUUAUGUACAAGGUCGACUUAAAUGUUUUUUGAUUGAUAUUUGUCCCUCUAGUUACAACAAUCCAUACUUUUUUCCAGACUAUAUGGCCUAACAAUGUUCCUUACAAUAAGAAACUAUCUUUUAUUUUGUUUGGUUGGUGCAGGAUAUUUUAUGUGUGAAUCUACAGGGUACACUGUACUGUAAAGAACUCGCUUGAGUUUACAAUCCCUCAUUCCUUUUCUCUUUCCUGCCUUUUCCAAAUUUUAUAUUCUUUUGACGUUAAGAAUUAGUAGUACUUUACAGAUCCUGUAAAACAGGCCUCUGUGAACUCAUCAAAUAAUAACAUAUUCUUAAGCGUGUUUAUCAAAUGUAAUUACAAACACGACAUUUACUUUGCUGAAUAUCUACCAAUUUUAGUUCAUUUUAUUAUAAAUUGACGUCUAGACUUGGACAGUCUUAAAUUGCCUCUUUUCUGGCGCCCUCUAGUGUUUUGGAUGCUUUUCCUUGUUUGACCUAGUUGUUCUCUUAGAAACUUAAUGCCAUCUAGUGAUAUCUAUGCUCAUCAUAUCAACCAUAGAUAGGCCUUUUAUUUCUUAUUUUAGUCAUAUUUUUCUGCAGACUGCACAAUAUUUUUUUUUUAAUUAUUGUUGCUCAGUGAUUUCUUGCAGAGGCAUUUGUACAUAAGUACCACUAAGCAGAGUGAAUGUACUGUGAUGCACUGUACUGUACUUAUGCCUUGCUGCAUGGGACCAAGCUUGUACAACAAAUUAAGAUAUAUUCACAGGGAACUAGGUCUCAGAGGAAAUGACAUUUAUGAUGCUUCGCACCAUUGCCUUCCCCCCCUUUCCACCACUUCCUGUCAUCAUGUAGUUUUUAACUUUUUCCUGUAGGCUUCUCUGUGACGGGGUUUAGUAGGACUUUGAGUUCACAUGUAACCGUGUGGCUCCUAAGUAUUGCUCAGGAAUAUAGAUGGGUCGCAAUGAUCCAACAGCAUCACCCCUAGUGUUAAAAGCUGUUGUUCACUAAACGAAUCAUUUUACAGUCAGAAUUGUUACGCAGUUGGGGUUUAAGCAGGAAGGGGGGGUGAUGUACAUCUAAAUGAACACUUCCAUCCCAGGUUUUAUAUGCAGAUGUCAGCGUGAAACUGUGACUUUGCAUCUUGUGAAUUGUCACUGUGGCCAUAAGCUGUGACCUCUCCAGUCGUUCAUGUAUUUGUGUACAAACCUCAUUGAUGCCAUCAUGUAGUUUCUUUUAAUAAAUGAAAUGCCUCUGAGUUUUAAUGCUAUUGCUUUUUGGUUUUAUAGUGUAACAAACGGUAAAGCUAUUCUGAUUUGUCUGUAUAUGUUAAAUGCCGUCUGUAGAUAGUUUUGUCUUUAGUUUUAGUCCAUGAUAGUGGCUUGUUGUGUUUGCAAAUGUCUUGUCUGCCUUCCAGUGCAAUGGCCUUUUGUCUGUACGUUUGAGGAGAUGCUCCAUUUUAGACUUGCUAAGCCAUUGAAAAUCAUCCAAAUAUUUUCAAUAACUUGAAUGCCACAAAAGUCCCUGUGUAUGUAUAUAUUUAAGAUUACUGUGAAAUUGAAAUGCGUUGCGAGGUUUAGAGGAAUUAUUGAAAGCUCUUGGCAUGAACGCGAAUAAUAUUUUCAUAUUAAGCCUUAUCGUUUUAGUUGCGUUUUUGUUUCAAAUCCUUCAUAUUAAGAACACAUUUACUUUUCAGCUUCCUUUUUGAGUUUAUUUCCUCAAAAUCAUCAGCUUUUUUUUUUUUUUUAAAUGUCAUUAUCAACUUUCUCACUCUAACAAAUUUCUUUACAAUGUUGUCAUUUUUCUUUUCUGUCCAAAUGUGCUUUUAUUUUUGGAACAAACUUUCCACAGACACAAAUCACUGUGUUUACACCAAUUGUUAGUUGUGUUUGCACGCAGUGCGCCAAGGUACAAAUGACACAAUAUCAUGCAAACACUCACUGUCUUUUAUAAACUACAGAACAAACAGGAAAAAGGUACACUCUUCUUUUUGCUCUUGGAUUUGUAGUUAUUGAAAUGUGUGAGUGUGUCUUUGUAAAUGUAUGGAUAUUUAAGGUUGCAAAAGAUUAUUUUUAAAUGCUGUUGACUCUGUCUGCAUGCGUUGAGUGAGAGGAGAUAAAUGUACGCAAAGUGUAUUACUCUAGAUCUAAAACUUGAUCAGUGGAAUAAGGUGGCCUUAAAGCAGAAGGAGGUCUUGGCUCUUUACUUGUCUCUUUUGUCCCCAUCAGGUUUAUUUUUGUCUUGGUACUUUUAUCAGCCCUCCUUUGAUCAGGAACUGCUACAACAAUUCAUAAUAAAAUGUGAUACUUUCUUUAAUUUCCCACAGACUUGUUUUGUCCUUUUCUCCUCAUUUUUGUACACUGUUUUGGAGAAAACAAAUAAAUGAUAUGCCGGUGUUGAUCAA